UUUUCUGAAAUGGAGAAGUGGAAACAACUCGAUUCUCACCUUUUCUUAGGCAAAAUCGUUCACGAAUUCCAAAUCAGUGUUUGCAAUCAUAAUUUUUCAACUCAUCCUCUACCUAAUUAUGAGCAAUGAUUUAUCCAAAAACCCGUAAUUAAUCCGUCCUGAAUUCACUUAAACUUCGAUUAAUUAUGAGUUUAAUUAAAAACCUCCUUAGCUUCCUAUUAAUCAAACGAAAUUACAUCAUUCAGCCUCGUCGUACAUGAAUGAAAGUUGUUUAUAGUUAUCUUAAGGAGCAAUUUGUAUGAAUAAAUCCAUUGAAUCAGAUAAGCAGCGAAUGAAUGGUUAUAGUGUUUUUUCCUCUCCCAAUCGAGUUGAGAAAACGACCGAAAAAGGUCAAAACGUGAGGUCAAGUCGCUCCUAAUUAAAGAAAUGUGUGAAGUUAAACAGCCGACAAAGCGUCCGAAAAAUCCGGAUUAUUGUCGCUUGGAAAACAGAUAAGAAAAGCCCAAACACUAACCAAAAGCUUUCUGAAACCCUAGCCAAGGGGCGUUGAAGUGUCGAAUAAAAACGGUGAUAAUGCACAAACACUUAAUGAAACAUUGUGUGUUUGUGUUGGAGGACCGCUUGCAUACUAAUGCUCGCUUAAUAUUAACAUUCUUGUGCACCCUUGUGAUAGUGGAAUUCUGGGUUCUGUUGAAUGUUAAUGGACUUGUAUGGACAGUUGGAUGCCUGGAAGAGUGCCGAUCGAUUCAGUGUGGGUGGAAAAAUGUUAAAGUUUUGUCCGGUAAACCCUGGCAGUAAAGCUGCGCUUCGAGGCAUCCGUGAAGGAGAUUUCAUCACUUCGAUCAACAACCAAUCCACAAAGGAUAUCACCAAUGCCGAAGCUCACACUCUAUUGAGGAAUUCCGGAGAUACCUUAAAGCUCGGCUUAAACGAGGAUACCAACCGCUCUCCGAAACGUCGACAAUACAAAACCGUGCACCAGGAAACCCAUUCGGAGACGGUUAAAAAGUCCAGUGUGACGUCAUACACCGUCACGUCGCUCGAAACAUCGAAUCACAACGGUACCUCCAAACCGCCCUGUUCUUCUAGCUCAUCCUCCACCUCCACGUACACAUCGCUUCCAUCUCCUUCAGGAAUGGCAGAUAACGGUCGCUCCAGACGUAAAAAAUCCAAAAACCAACGAAAAAAAAACAAGUACCAAGUCGAAUCCCCCAAACGUAUCAAGUCACCUGAGCGGAAAAAACCCGUCAAAAGUCGAAGUCUGGACGACGAUUCGGUCAAAAUCGAAGAACUGUCCGAAAACGACGCAAAAAACGAUUCUAGUACUUCUAGUACUGCUCUAGUACUUGAAGUAGAGUCGGACCAAGAGGUUGAGGAACCUCCCUUAAUGUCCCCCGAGGAGGAACUAACCCUUCGAAACUUCCUCGAAGGCUUAAAUCUUGUAAAAUCCCCAGAGGAAGCUUUAGGGCAGGUCCAUAGCACCAUAGAAAGCGUCAAAUCCCGAAGGGCCCAAAAAAGGGCAGCUCUGGAACAGUACUUUAACCCAAUUGUCCAGAAUCCACGAUUUCUGGACGUGAUCAGUGAAGAAACAAGUGAUUUGAGUGACAGGGAACAACAAACUAGAAUUUCCCAUCAUCUAAAACAAGGGACUCCUGAACCUGAAGUUACACCAAAGUUGCGGAAACGUCGCCGAAUUUUGGAAAAUCCAGUCCUGGUCGGUACUAGGAUUAUAGAAGUGCCAAAUGUGGAGCAAGUUGCUAGUACUAGUCUUGUGGAAGGUAGUACUAGGGCCGAGGUUGUGUUUUUGGAGGAUAGUAGUCCGGAGGAGGUGGGGGAGUUGACGCCGCCCCCAACCCCCAAAAAUGAGAAAGUUUUUGCUCAAAGUGAUCAAAUUACUCAGAAAGAUACUGAGACUUCUACUUCUACUUCCACUUCAGAAUUGGACACAGAAGUGACUGAGUCUUCUAAACCUAUUCCUCAAAUAGUAGAAGAAAAAUUGGAAACUUCUUUAGAUUUGCAGUUGUUAUCUAAUUUAGAAGGAACAAGUGAUCAGUUUUCUAAUUGUUCUAGUACGGCUUUUGAAGAGACUUCUCAGAAAGUUGAGUUAGAUUUUCCAAUUUUGCCUGUUUCUAGUCUAGAAGCAACGAAAUCUAAUCUUCAACUUGAGGAACAAUUAUCUUCAAAUGUAGAUCCUGAGCUUACUACUCAACAAAGUUUCAAGUUAGAAGCAGAAGAAUUUAAGGAGAUGGAUUAUUUCGAACCGGUUUCAACUUCUGAAACACCACAGUUAGAACAAUUAACACCAAAUAAAGGAUAUGAGAGUGAAUCUUCUAAUACUACUUCUGAAACUUCUAAUUCUAUUCCUGAGGAAAGUUUACGCAUAGUAGAUUGCGCCCUGUCUGUUUCGACAUCUUCUGUUGCAAAGGAAUGUGAAGCUGAAUCAAAAAUGCUAACAAAUUCGGAUUGUGAAUCUGCUAGUUCUAAAAUUUUGGUUGAAAAAAUGUCUAGUUUUGAAGAAAAUAAAGAAACUUCUACAGAUUCUAAAUUUGAGAAAACUAGUCAAAAAUCAGAAGAGUCUUUUAAAUCUCCUGUUAAAAGCACAUUUGGUGCAGAAGAAAAUCAGAAAAGUUCUGACAAUUCUAGUUCUACUGCUAUGGAAAGUUUUCAAUCAGUAGAUUUUGUUCCAAUUUAUGCAACAUCUUCUAUUUCUAAAAGAUACAAAACUGAACCAUUCUUGGAAGAACGUAAAUCUUCCAGUUCUGUUUCUAAAAUUUUCGGUGAAGAAAUGUCUAGUACAAGAGAAAAUCAGGAAAAAUUUGCAAGUUUUGAAAGUUCUAAAUCUACUUUAGAGAAAACUAGUGAAGUAUCUAAAUCUACAGAUGCAGAAUGGGAGGGCAAAUCUUCUAAAUCUGUUUCUAAACCUGUUACAAGCACACUUGGUGCAGAAGAAAAUCAGAAAAGUUCUGACAAUUCUAGUUCUACUGCUAUGGAAAGUUUUCAAUCAGUAGAUUUUGUUCCAAUUUAUGCAACAUCUUCUAUUUCUAAAAGAUACAAAACUGAACCAUUCUUGGAAGAACGUAAAUCUUCCAGUUCUGUUUCUAAAAUUUUCGGUGAAGAAAUGUCUAGUACAAAAGAAAAUCAGAAAAAAUUUGCAAGUUUUGAAAGUUCUAAAUCUACUUUAGAGAAAACUAGUGAAGUGUCUAAAUCUACAGAUGCAGAAUGGGAGAGCAAAUCUUCUAAAUCUGUUUCUAAACCUGUUACAAGCACACUUGGUGCAGAAGAAAAUCAGAAAAGCUCUGACAUUUCUAGUUUUACUCCUAAUGAAAGGUUUCACUCAGUAGAUUUUCUUCCAAGUUAUGCAAUAUCCUCUAUUUCUAAGAAAUACAAAUCUGAACCAACAUUAGAACAGUUGGUUAGAAAUUCAGAGUGUGAGUCUUCUAGUUCUAUUUCUAAAAUUUCUGUUGGUAAAAUGUUUAAUACUGAACAGAAUCAAGAGAGGUUUCCAAAUUUUGGUCGUUCUGAAAAAACUAGUCAGAAAGCAUCAACCACUUCUCAAUUAUCUAAAAAUUUAAAAUCGGUAGAACAAUUGUCUACAGAUACGGAAUACGAGAGUGAAUCUUCAAAAUCUACUUUUAAAACUACUGUUAAUAAAACAUUUAGUACUAUUCCUAGUGAAAGUUCACACUUUAUUCCGUCUUCUGAUUCUAAAGCAAAAUUAGAAGAACAAUUGUCUACAGAUACAGAAUAUGAAAGUGAGUCUACUUCUAAAACUUCUGAUAAAAGAACAGUGCGUACGGAAAAUCUUACAAACUUAAGAAAUUUUAGUUCUAUGUAUAACGAAAGAGUUCAGAAAACCGACUUUGUUCCACUUUCUUCUAGAAUGUCUAAAUCUGAACAAUUUUUAACAAACAAAGAAAACAAUGACGAAUUUUCUAAAACUACGUUUAACAAGAAAAAUCAGAGUACUUCUAAGCCUUCUUCCAAGGUAAUAAUUCAUAAAAUAAAUUUAGAACCAACAAAAACAGUACCAGAACCAAAUGCUCCAAAAACAGAAGAAUUAUUUGAAAAUGUGGAUUCUUUUCUUCCAAAUUCAUUUUCCACUUCUAAAAUUUCUAAAUCUGAAGUCUCCACACAUAAAGAAACCAAGAGCGAAUUUUCUAAGUCUACAUUUAACAAACAGAGCAGUUCCAAGCCUUUUUCUAAAGAAAUUAUUCAUAAAAUAGAGUUAGAACCAAGAAGAACAGAACCAGAAAUUUUUGAUCCUUUUUCUCCUACGAAAAUUGUAGAAGAUUCAAAAUCAUUUUCUACUUCUAAAAUUUCUAAAUCCGAACAAAUCUCCACAAACAAGGGCGAAUUUUCUAAAUCUACAAUCGACAAGGAAAAUCUGAGCAAUUCUAAGCCAUUUUCUAAGGAAAUAAUUCAUAAAAUAGAAUUAGAACCAACAAGAACAGAAUCAGAAACAGAAAAAUUAUCUAAAACUUUUUAUCCUUUCGCCCACACGAAAAUUAUAGAAGAUUCAAAAGCAUUUUCUACUAGUUCCUCAAGCUUCAGGUCGGAGAAAACAUUAGAAAAACAUUUUAGCAGUCUCCAGUUUUCUAAAAAUGCAAAUUCUGAUCAAAAAAUAACCAAACCAGUAGAAAUUAUACACAAGAUUGUUCUUUCUGAUGACGAUAACAAUAGCAAGUCUGGUUUAGAAGAAACAAAUCCAAAACCAUUAGAAAUCAUACACAAAAUACUUCGUUCUGAAAAAACAGAAGAAGCCAACAGAAGUGUGACUCCACCGUUAGAAUCACAAGAAUUUAAAGUUUCUAUACAUCAAGAACCACAUCAUUAUGAUAAAAAUCAAAACAAAAAUUCCUCUAAGAAAGACCAAGAAAAAUCAGAAAUUUCUGAAAACGGCAAUAUCCCGGAAUCCCCCUCAAAAGAAGUGGAAAGUCUUUGUCUUACUCCCCGCCCCCAAGUCUCCACCACCAUCCUCAGCCCCCCAGCGCCCUCCAGGUCCCCCAGCAGCGGCUCCUCCACCUCCUUCUGCACCACCAAACGCCUCUCCACCUCCAUUGCCGACAUUUCCUCCAUCACCUCCAACCCCCAAACCCUCCGCGAGAUCUGCCUCUACUUCCUCCUCUCGCAGCCGUUCGGCGCCGCCGUCCUCCAGGAGCUCGCCGACGUCUCCUCCAGCCUCCAACGCCUCACCACCUCCACGCCUCAAUUUAUUUCAAGCCACCACGAUCCUACUAGUGCACCUCGAAACAUGAACAGUGCACGUCUCCAAGCGCGAGAUUUAACCGAAUGGUUACACCACGCCCGAAGUAAAAAUAGAAAUGAUCGUCGGAAUUCGCUACCAAACGCACAAAUGCUCUACCUCCAACAAAAGGAGCAAGAAAUCGAAACGGAACUCAAACGCCUGGAGGAGGAAAAACAACGCUUGGAGGAAGAAAUGGAACACAAGUUUCGCAUUGAAGAUUAUCACAUCUCCAAGCGUGGUGAUUUUGCAGAAAGCAAAAAACGCCCAGUUUCCCUGCCUUCGGAAUUCUUCCGACAACAAAUGUACAACGAAUACAUGGACAAAAUUGCACAAAUGGAACAACGCAAGUUGGAAAAACAAAUCAAAGUGUCACAAAUCGAACUGACGACACCUGAGACUAAACCAAGCGGGAUUUCCGAUGAGUUCAUGUCGAAAGUCAGGUUGAAACAACAGUUGGGGAAGCUCCAAAAGCCGGAAUCGGAGAGUGAACACGAGGAUGAGCUCCUCCCUAAACACCUCCAGGAGUUUGUGGAGUUUGGGUGCUCCAAAAAAGGGAAGGAGGCGAAGAGAAUUAGCAAACUUCUGGGUAAAAAUCGACGCGUUUUCAGCUUGUUGGAGGAGAUAGAUGCAGAACUAAUCACAGCUAAAGGGUUUUUGCUUGGGAGAGGUGUGUGGUCGCCGGGCCAGAAACAGGACUACCAACCACCAGAACGCCAAAGACAAGUCAAAGAUGAGCCCAUUUCGCCGGUGUGGACACCAAAAAGCGCCACUUCAAGCCCCACAGUCGAAAAAAAGGAGUUUCGACCAGUUAAGUUCGAAUCACCGGUUCUGAGCCGAAAAAACCCGAAUAAAACCGAGGGGGGGAAGGAACCUCCCUGGAAAUCACCGGAAACGAGCAGCGACACCGGAAUCACCCUCUCCAGCACCCUCGAAAAACGUCUUCCAACUAGUCAAUCGGCUCCGAUUUCCGGAUUUUGUGAUUUUCCAGCCACAAGAUUACCGAAAGCGCAAAAUCCAACAAUCACGCUGUUGCAGAAAGCGCGAGAAGGCCAGCUGCCCAAGGGGGCCCUGUAUAUCGAGGAGCAGCCCCCUUUUGUAGGCCCCGGUGAGAUACGUACGUACGCCCGCCUUUUCCUCCGCCCUCUAACCAAUCAAAUUGCAGUGUACAAGAUCAAGAGCGAAUACACGAGCGAAUCAGAUAGCGAGAAGCCGCGUAAAAUGGCCGACCUUGGCCCGCGAAAAUUUGAAGGUAUUGGCCCGACAACAAAAGAUGGAAUGCCUCUUAUACUUAGAUCAGAGGUGAAAGAUGCCAACCAGUCAAAAUGGUACAAGAAAAUGUACGAUACCAUCCACAAACAGAAGCCACAUCGAGACGAGUUCGUUACCAUCAAGUACAAACAGCGCAGAGGGAAUUAUCCUUACUCUUCCGGGUAUUUGUCGGAACCGGAACCUGGAGCUUAUGACAGCGAUUACACGGACUAUAAGUACGCCACUCUGGACAGGAGACGCCAAACAAGGGAUAAAGAGAACGACUAUAGUGUUGCAACUAUGCCAAGAUCGGUGCCAGAAACAAUAAUCAAGCAUGGCCAUGACCCUUACAAGAACCAACCCGGCCGCAUCGAGAACUACAUUCCCGGCCGCUCCUCCAUCUCCGAGAAGGAAGCGAAAGAAUGGUGGGACGAAGUGAUGGAUAUAUUCGACGGGUGGUUGGACGACAAUUCAGCACUGCCAAGCUAUGAUAUUAUGUUCGCCAGAGCCUUAGCAAAAUCUCACUUGGAGCAGCAGAAGAGGGUACCACCACAAACCAAGAGUUUCAUCAACCAGGCUCUCAAGGAAUCUGGAUAUGAAAGCGACUCGACUCUAGUUUUCCGGCGAAGGGACGAAUCCACUCAAUUGAGCCCUUCCGAGCAAAAGGAAGCCUACAAGAUUAUACAAAAAGGGGGCGAUAUUCCCUUACACGGCCUUCGGAAACCGGCCCCCGAACGCCCCAAAGACGAACCGGAAAUGGAAUACUUUCCGAUCUCGCCAACGUUGACUCGAAUCCGCAUACACAAAAAAACCAUCAAACCACAAAGAGAAAUCCUCUGCUACCCUGUAACCAUACACCCACACCCAUCCCAAGUUUUUGCCAACAUUAAGCAAAAAAAACCACCUUCACCACCUCGGAGACGAUCCUCCAGAAACAACACCACCUUAAGACUCAUUUCGACCAUAAAAAGCGAAAAACCAAGACACAGACACGAAACGUGCUUCACUUCCGACACAAACGUGAAGUACUUGCGUGAUAAACUCACCUGUAAGUUGGGCACCAAGCCCAAAAUUAGGGUAUCCAAGGUGGUAACAGGAACACCUGAUGUCAAAAAAGUAGUUUCCACGGUUAGCACAACUAAAGAUUCGAAAACCAGAAAGGUCGAAAGUCGUACCAGUGUACAUGCAAAACCCAGGAGAAGUACUACCCAGCCUGGGAAAACCUUUGGUAGUGAGAAGAAAAAAUUUGACUUGACUUUGCCCAAAACCAGGAGUGGUAUCAAAAGUUCGCCCGAUUUGUUGUCACCAAACGAGGUCAAAAAGGCAGUCGAGUUACAGAAAACCACCUACAAGAAAACCAACGUGGUACUACCCUCACGCACCGUUCCCAUCAAAGUCGGAAUAACAGAAAAGGGGAAACAAAUCCUGAAAGGGAAAAAAACCACGAUCUCGACCAUUGGUCGCCCCAAAACCAUCACCAAAAUGAAAGACACGCCCAUCAUAAAACAAAAAGAAGCGAUUCAAACCGACCACUUCUUCCAAAACUUGCUUCUGCGCGAUUCGCCACUUCCGCCAGUCGUUCGCCAGACCACGCCCAAACGAACGGAACCCUCCCUAAGCGCCAUGAAAGUCUACCUAACGCACACACGUCCUGUAACCGACUCAAAAUUCCGCAGUCUUGACCUGGCGAUGCGUUCGCGCUCAAUCAGCCCGAAAAGUGUGACUUUCGACGGCGAAAAACGCAGCUCAAGUCUUCCCCCAAAACUGAUCUUUUCCCAAACAAGUCGCCCCGUUUCGCCCAAAGUGGUACCACGCUCACCAUCCACUCGGAAGAUCAUGCAGUUGAAGGGCCAACCAAUGAUCCCUGAAGUUUCGCUUUACUCAUGCCCCAGUGUUUGCCACAGCACCAGUUCGCUGGAAUCGUGCAAAUCCACACGGUUUAGAGACUUGAACCAGUUUUAUGCCGCCAUUGAACGCUUUGGUCGCUUGGAACAAACAGCAGCGUCUCGGACGCCGCGAAGACGUGGCGAAGGCGAAAUCAUCGACUUCGACAGGUGGAAGGAGGUGCGGACGCGCGAACGGGCGGAGAAAGAGUUGGAAACGCUUGUCAUGCAACUGAAACACGAUGCCAAGGAGAAGGGGUUCUUGUUCAGUCCCAAGGAAGUGGAGAAGUACCGAUGGAAGCGCGAGCUGGACCGGGGGCUGAGGAUUAAGGAGAAGUCGGUUGAUGAUAUCAAGGAGGAGUUCGAACGAUUGAAAUUGUUUGAGCCAAAACCGCCAAUUAACGAUACGUACAAGCCGUUAUGGCGUGGCGAUUCUGUCUUGAGUCUUGCCAAUAAAAUGGUCGAACGGCGGUCGUUAUCCGAGGGCCGGAGGACCAAAAAAUGGGCCGAUUGUGACGAAAAGCUCCUAACUCGGGCCAUUGGUAGUAGAAUCUGGUCGAGUCUUUCAAAUGAACAGAUUGGUAUCUUGAAGAACCAAUUGAGUGAGAUUUACGGGCAAAAACAACAAGACUGCUCCAUUGACGUACCACCGAACCCCAAGACAAGUAGCGACUUGACUGUGCGUCGGAACUCCGACAGUGGGGCGAAGAGUAGUACGGACGACUCCGCCCAAACCGUAAUCGAGGUAAAACGGGACGAAAUCAAGGAGAAAGUCAAGUUUUUUGAGAACGCUUCCGUCGAAAGUUACUCUCCGACGGUCUACAAGCCUCUGGAAGACCCUCCUGACUGUUCCCUCAGCAAAGUCAAGUCGCAAUCAAACCAGGAUUUUGAGGAACUCUUCGGGGAGCGUUUCGGGCGAAGACCGAGCCCUUCAUUAUCAGACGGAACGUCCCGAAGUCGCAGCUUAUCCCCUUUUUUUGAGGUGCGAACCGGCGAAGUUCGCCGGUUGAGGAGCAAGUUCGACGGACGCUCCCACAGCGAUUCAAACCUUCACAAAAUCGGCGAAAACGUGCAGUUUUUGAGGAGUAAGUACGAGUAUCCAGCUCACGUAGGCCGUGGCAGGAGUAGAGUUCGCCGCGGUGUAGUUUCGCCGACGUUUCUAAGAGCUGAGGACCGUUUCAUGCCUCAUAUCAACAUCAUCAGUAAAAUCGCGAGUCUCUACGCACGCAAAGAACCUCAAAAAGGUGAGGAUUGUGUUCCUGUUCCGAUGGGAGAGGUUGAAAAAUUGAGGAGGAGGUUUGACGAUGUUUCCCUUCUGGGCGAAAUGUUCACUUCUUCGCCCAACUUGAGGGAAUUGAGGGAUAUAGCUCCCUAUUUGGCGGCGUCCUGGAUUGCACACAAGUACCCGAAAUGUGAGGAUAAUACGAGGUCACUGUCUUCUCCCGAGGGUAGUGCUGGGUCAAGGGAUACGUCUCUAGUGCUAAGAUCCCGUCCUAAGUCCGUUUCCCCUCUCCCGAAACAAGAAGAUGGGAAGAAACGGCUUGAAAGGUACAAAGAGUGGACCAAGUUACAAAGACCCACAGUUUCGUUUAAAGAACCAGAGGUUCCGGUACCGCCGCCCAAAGGACACCAUGCAAGAGGUCUACAGCAAGAAUCUCCAAGAAAAUAUGUGGAAAACGAAGUGACAAUCCAUUACAAGACGCCAGUCAGGCAAGAAAUCAAAGAAUAUUUGAGCGAAGACGAGCUCGCCCAUCGGCAAGCCGAAGCCAUGAAGAAAAUCUAUCAGGAAGAACGUCGACGAAAAUAUCUUCAGGUUAGCAAGUCGUUGCAAGUAAGUAGAGAGGAGGAACUCCAAGACAUGAAUAACCGCCGCCACACCGACAACUUCAUCCCCUCGCAAAAAUCCCCCAUCCCCCUUAACCGCUACGACGACUUCGACGGUGGUUUUUCACCCCCAGUUAAACCCCGUCCUAAAUCACCAGAACCUAGACUUAUGGCUCGAGCUUUGUAUAAUUUCGUUGGACAAACAGCCAGAGAACUGACCUUCCGUAAGGGGGACCUCAUCUACGUGAGACGACAAGUCGACAAAAACUGGUACGAAGGAGAGUUGAAUGCCAUGGUCGGGCUUUUCCCGGUCAACUAUGUCGAGAUCGUCCCCUACGACACUGCCAAAUCAACCCCUCGCAAGUCCCACGAAGGCCAAGCUAGAGCCAAGUACAACUUCGUGGCCCAAACCCACCUCGAGCUCUCUUUAGCCAAAGGAGAACUUGUCAUAAUUACUAGAAGAGUUGACGAUAAUUGGUUUGAAGGAAAAAUCGGAGGUCGUAAGGGAAUUUUCCCUGUUUCUUACGUCGAGGUUCUGAUCGAUCCUAGUGAUCCGCCACCACCAAGCAGCAAACCGGUGGCAAGUCCAGCCGCCCAUUCCUUGCUCCUGAAUGGGUCAGCUGGAGGGAAGGAGUCCAUGGGGAGUCAUAGCUAUACUCCAGCUUUGUCCUCGAACCAGUUAACUAGCAGUUAUCAUGCCAAACCUGUACAAGUUAGUAGUUAUGGAUCGUUGAGUCGAGGGGGGAAAAGUCCGGUUAAUCAGGCGCUGCAUAUUGAGACCCAGUCGGAACCAGUACCUUAUCGCGCUUUGUACAAGUACCUCCCCCAGAACGACGACGAGCUGGAGCUCCUCGAAGGCGACACCGUCUACGUCCUUGAAAAAUGCGACGACGGCUGGUACGUCGGUUCCAGCGAUCGUACCGGAGCUUUCGGUACUUUCCCCGGAAAUUACGUCGAGAAAAUUUAGCACCGAACCAACAAAACAUGAUGAAAAUUGCAACCACCACCACGACACAACUGAGCUAACAACAAAUACAUUGCCAUUUGAAUUUCUCAUCAACCAGUUGCAAUUUUCAGCUUCUUAGGAUAAUUAUACUGCUAGCAUCUAGUCAUUAGCCAAAUAGAAGAGAGAGUCACACCAUAUCGAUAUUUGUUCUUCCAUUAUCUAACCUGUGGUAGGACUGUAAUAAAUGACGUGUUCGUGCGUUUUUAACCCCUUUCUAUAUACAAGACUUGAGAUAGGAGAGUGCCUUUCAAUACAAUACCUUUAACCUUGUUAUUAUUUACGCAUCAGUUAGGGAUAUUUAACUAGGUCAAGUGAGAUUGCUUUAUUGAUGUUCACGUAAGGUUUAUUUAUAACAUUGUUUUACAAUAAAUGUCACGUUACGAA